AUGGUCAUUGUGGGGUUUGAUGUGAACAGCAGGAGCGUAGCUAUGAGUGUAAGGAGAUCAGAUGCUGCUUUGACCCAAGGCAUUGGCCAACGUCAUGCUCAGCACAGUUCCGCUCGUCCCCCAUCUCCGCCCGAUCUACACCAGUCACGCUUGCAAACGGUCGACUCCCCUUGGGCCGAGGGCAACGCAUAA